GGGGGCGGGGGACUCGGCUUGUUGUGUUGCUUCUGCCCGAGAACCGGAGACGGUCUUGCUGCGGCCGCUGCUCCUCCAGCCACCCGACGAUGUCGUCUCAUUUAGUCGAGCCGCCGCCGCCCCCGAACAAUAACAACAACAACUGUGAAGAAGGGGAGCAGGCUUUGCCUCCGCCCGCCGGCCUCAACAGUUCCUGGGUGGAGCUACCCAUGAACAGCAAUGGCAACGAGAAUGGCAACGGGAAGAACGGAGGGCUGGAGCACGUGCCCUCCUCAUCCUCCAUCCACAACGGAGACAUGGAAAAGAUUCUUCUGGAUGCCCAGCAUGAGUCAGGGCAGAGCAGCUCCAGGGGCAGCUCCCACUGUGACAGCCCUUCCCCACAAGAAGACGGGCAGAUCAUGUUUGACGUGGAGAUGCACACCAGCCGGGACCACAGCUCUCAGUCAGAAGAAGAAGCUGGAGAAGGAGAGAAGGAAGCAGAAUCUUUGAAGAAAAGUGCAGAUUGGGUAUCAGACUGGUCCAGUAGACCUGAGAACAUUCCCCCCAAGGAGUUCCACUUCAGGCACCCUAAACGUGCCGUGUCGCUAAGCAUGAGGAAAAGUGGAGCCAUGAAGAAAGGAGGCAUUUUCUCUGCAGAGUUCCUGAAGGUGUUCAUUCCAUCCCUCUUCCUUUCCCAUGUCCUGGCUUUGGGGCUGGGCAUCUAUAUUGGAAAACGCUUGAGCACGCCCUCUGCCAGCACCUACUGAGGAAGAAGGAGCCCGGGAAUGUGCGUGGCCUGUGGAGUGGAGUGUUGUCACGUAGUUUAUUCGAACUUGAGACCAUCGCAAGCAUGACCUAACUUACCACCCUGUUUUUACACAUCCAGUUCCAGUAACUUUGAAAUCCAGUAUUCAAACUUGGUUGAGGCAUUUUACUAACCUUGUUCCCUCUGGGGCCUGUAUGACACUUUAGCACUUCCUAACAGAAUUUCCUGUUGUUUAGAAUUUGCAAGGGCUUCUUUUCCGCAAAUGCCACCAGCAGAUUAUAGUUUUGUCGACCAUGCCGCCAUCUCCUGUAGCACCCAGAACUGAACCCGUAUCAUUCAUGGUAGGAACUUGACUCUGGCCAUGUAACUACCAUCUCUCUUAAACUACGAUCAGGGUAGAAAUCUAGAUGCUAUAAAGAGCCUUGUUGUUUUGGUUUGGUUUUAUUUUCCAAGACCUCAAGACAAGCUUCUCUAAGCUUGAAUUUAUAGUUAUUAAAAAGAAAACAAAAACUAAAAAAAAAAAAAAGCAAGAGACAAGAAAAAAAUAUCCUGGGCAAUAAAAAAUAAUUUGAAAGCAGCUUUGGAGCUAUUUUCUCCGCCUCCUGUGGUGCCUGGGGGUGUGCAGGGGGGCUGCACACAGCACAGGGAGCGUGGAGUAGGACUCACCUCCGCGGCUUGUCAUGUGUCUUUUCUGUGGAGAGUCUUUAUUCUGAUAAGGAGCGUCUCAGGCCUAGAUAGGAAAUCGCUUUUGGGAUUUUUGUGCGUACUGGUAUUUUCAAGUGUUUAGCUGCAUGUGAAUUUUCCGUGACCUUUAAUUUUCUUUUUUAUUUCUUCAUUUAUUUUCUCUAAGAAGAGACUUUGAAACGAGUCCAAUUCGUGGUGUUAAUCCAGGCUUCUUGUUUUAGGAAGCUUCACUUACACUCUGAAGCCUUUAAACUCUGAAGACCUUUGCUUCCGAAUUCUUCCAAGCACUUGUGUAACUUCGGAAAGCAGACUUGGGUUGUGGGGACAGGGGACGCCCUACUCGUUUCCCUGGGGCCCCUCCCUCCCUGUCGGGUCCUGCAGGCGCAGGGAGGGGCCCAUUGGGCUGAGCUCUUGGCAUUCCAUUCUGGAACACCAACUGAUCCUCCCUGACAGACCUUCUUUGUUUCUAUAAUGUGAAGCUUUAGGACCAAAUCCUUAGAAAGCAGCAGGAUUAUGGGUUCUUUGGGCAGGUUUUGUUGGAUUUCAGAACACAGCGUGGCCCUAAGGGCACUGCUGUGUGUGUUAUAUGUGACAAGUGGCUGUUGAUGAUGUCGACCUUGCUGUUGAGUGUUUAGAGAAGCAUUGUUGAGGUGAUCGUGCAGUCUCUGAGGGUAGCACCAGGCCGCCAACUUUGCCCUUUGCAGAAAACCAGCCCUUCCUUGACCAAGGUGGUAGUGCUCAUGCUAGAAUGGAAACAACACAGAGAAACAACCAUUAUUUUUUGUCUUUUUUUUUUUCAAGAAUACAGCUGACUGUCUUUAGGAAAGAUGAUAUAUCCCAAAUAGUUUUCUGAAUUACUUGGUUUUUCUUUCUAGCAUCUGAUGUCUGAAUACAUUCAUAUCUUGUUUCUGUCCUACUCUUAGACCUUGUAACACUUGAUUUGCCUUCUAACAUAUUUAUUUCAAGUGUUCAUAUUCAGAUUUCUUUGGGAAGAAAAAGAGCAGAUUGGAUGGUUUUUGAAAAGUCUGGAUAAAAUUGGCAAGAUGGGUAAAGCUGACUACUGCAGUGUCCACUUUGCUGAAAUUGGCAUCAUGAAGGAGAGCAGUCAGUAACUGACAGGCAGUGCAUUCCCUUCCUGAGAACCUCAGUAGCCGUCUACCAGUGCCACUGAGCUUUGAGUAUAUUACUGUUUUUGCUAUUGGAAAUAAAUUUAGCUUUAUGUGUUUUUCGAAGUAUCUGUGAUGUGGAAUUCCAGCCAGAACACAGUAGAGCUCACCAUGAUGAGCUGGUGGCCCUCCUAUGGGACACAAUGCAGACAAACUGUAUCAUUGGAAAGGAGAACUCAAUAAAUAACCGUGGACAAUUUAAGAUUAAUGCUUUAAAAGCUUUACACCUGUUUACAAUUGGGGGAUGAAAAGGCAGAUUUCAUUUUUCUUGCGCUUGGUGAAAACUGGCUUAAAAUACUUGUAAAUAAAAUUGGGAGCAAGACAGCACGCAUGCUCGGUGAGAAGAACAGAGCGCGGGGCUGCAGUAAGGUUGACUGCUCCACACGGGGGUGGCUUUCUAAGUGGACCAUUGGUGAAAUGAUUGGAAUGAACUGAGCCAAAGUGAUUAUGCAUUCUCAUCUAUUUAGUUAGCACUUUGUAUCAUUCUAUACAGUUUACAAUUCAUGUAUAACUUGUAGCUAUAAACAUUUUGUGCCAUUAAAGCUCUCACAAAACUU